CCCACACAGCCCUGCUGGGGAAUUCAUGGCCUCAGGCUAACAAAACACAACCUCGUCCAACAGCGGCGGAAAAGCCCUGAGAGAAACUAACACGGCUUAGCAGCUCCCUCGCAGCACUACUGCCAGCAUGGAGCUUCGUUUAUGAGAAAACACGUUAUGACACUUUUCUGACGGACACUGUUGUGAGGAUGUUACGGAUAUGAUGGUGCCGACCCAGCCUUGAAGAUGUAUGAGGUGAUGUCCGGUGACACCCUGUCCUGGAAGGUACCCAGUCCAAGACAAAACAGCACAGACUCCAGCCCCGAAUCGCAAUUCACUGGGGACGGAGGGCCCGUCAAGAUCCUCAAAGUGUGCUUCUGCACCAACAACAACCUGGGCAAGAACUUCAAGCUGGUUAAAUGUGACGGCUCCUGGCAAAUAAGGGCCAUCAUACGUUCGAUUCUGAUCUCUGGUCGAUUGGGCCCGGACAUCGAACAUGUAGGAUGCUACGGUCUCCUGUUGAAGCACAUCAAGUCAGAAGAGCUUCACUGGCUGCAUCCAGAUCUGACCAUCGGAGAGGUGGAGCAACGCUACGAGAGCCAUCAUGUGGAAGCUGAGUGGAGGUAUGACCUUCGGAUCAGAUAUGUUCCUGUCAAUUUCUUGGAAAGAUUCAAAGAUGACAGAUCUACGUUAGUGUAUUUUUACCAACAGGUGCGUAGUGAUUACAUGCAGUAUCAUGCCAGCAAGGUCAGUGAUGGGAUGGCGCUGCAGCUCGGUUGUUUGGAGAUCAGGAGAUUCUACAAAGACAUGAAUGCAAAAGGUCUCGAGAAGAAGUCCAACUUUGAGCUGCUAGAAAAAGAAGUGGGCCUGGACCUCUUCUUUCCUCAACAGCUGAUUAACAGCAUGAAGUCAAGGCAUCUACGGAAGUUGAUCCAGCAAACGUUUCAACAGUACGCAACACUCAAGGAGGACGACUGCAUGAUCAAGUUUUUUGAGACCCUCAAAGACUUCGCCAAUUAUGAUGAAGAGGUUUUCCCAUGUGAACUAGUGCAAGGUUGGAGUCUAGCGGUGGAGCUGGUCAUCGGAGGGAGGGGGAUUCGCCAACGCACACAGAAGGAUUCAGCGCCUGUUUUUAUGGCCGACUUCAAGCAGAUCAAGAAAAUACAAUGCUUAGCUCAGAGCGACGGCAAGGCUCUCCUAGACCUCAACAUAGAGGGGGCCAGACAAUGUCUAUCGAUCAAUGUGGCCACGGUCCCGAUGGCAGAGAACAUGAUGGACCUUAUUGAUGGCUACUGUCGCUUGGAAAAUGACUCAGAUGAUACUGUUAUCUACCGAGCAGAUAAAGAUGCCAGUACACGGUGCGCCCUGCCUGAGAUUCCUACAGAUAGAGACACCACCUCGCUCAGACACAGUAUGGGGUCAGAUAUCUAUUGUGAGAUAGAUGAAAGGCCGAAAUCAGUUGUUAAGUACGGGAUCGACCGAAGUGACAUUGUUCUCGGCCGAAUCCUUGGUGAGGGUUUUUUCGGGGAAGUCUACGAUGGAGUUUACAAAAAAGACAAUGGCGAGAGGGUUAAUGUGGCAGUGAAGACCUGCAAAGACUGCACACCUGAUGUGAUGGAGAAGUUCACGAGUGAAGCAGUGAUUAUGAAGAACCUCGAUCAUCAGCACAUCGUCAAACUGAUUGGAAUCAUAGAGGAAGACCCUGUGUGGAUCGUCAUGGAGCUUUAUGAGUUCGGAGAGCUCGGGAAUUACCUGACUGAGAACGAGAAGACGUUGACAAGAACAACUCUGGUGCUCUUCAGCCUGCAGAUCUGCAAAGCUCUCGUCUACCUCGAUGGGGUCAACAUGGUGCACAGAGAUAUUGCGGUUCGGAACGUGCUAGUCGCCAGUCCAGACUGUGUGAAGCUCGGAGACUUCGGUCUGUCGAGAUACAUUGAGGAUGAAGAAUACUACAAAGCGUCUGUUACUCGGUUGCCUAUCAAGUGGAUGGCCCCAGAAUCCAUCAACUUCAGACGUUUCACCUCAGCCAGUGAUGUCUGGAUGUUUGCUGUAUGUAUGUGGGAGAUAAUGAGUUGUGGAAACCAGCCGUUCUUCUGGCUGGAGAACAGAGACGUGAUCAACCAGCUGGAGCAGGGAAUCAGGCUGCCCAAGCCAGACAACUGCCCUCCUGCCCUCUACUCACUCAUGACCCGCUGCUGGUCCUACGAUCCCAGAGAGAGACCCAACUUCACUGAGCUGGUGUUCAAGAUCAGUGAUGUCCACAAGAUGGAGAAGGAGCAGGAAGUGGAGAGAGAGCGGGACAGAGCGCGCUCCACAAAAUAUUUCGACCCCAAGUUCAACUUCAACGAGCCUCCUCCCAAGCCCACAAGGCAGAAACCAGGGCGGUUCGCGAGCACGCUCAGUAUUGGUCUACAAUUUCAGCUGAGGCACGAUGCUUUGUGUGCCAGCUCACCUGACCUGGCGAGCCCGUGUGAAUACCAGUCCCCCGUCGACUCCAUGAGCUCUCUGGCGUUGCCGGACAGCAGGUCCCCUCGGCGCCGCAGCGUGGGGGAGGGCGAGUUUUUCCGAGCGGAAUCGAACAGCAGGGAGGAGGCGGCGCGCCUGUGGCAGAGGGAGAGGCAGAACAUGCAGAGCACUCUCCGCCGGCAGAAACAGCAGAUGAUGGAGGAUGAGAAGUGGCUGGAGACGGAGACGAGACUCCUGGACCCCAUGGGACCAGAGGACACUGCCGGCCCAGCGUCCUCUGAAGCUGAUGCAGAACACGCACCUCCAGAGAAGCCCCCAAGGCUCACAGCACAUCCUGCGCCCACAGCCGAGCUGGACCGCUCUGACGACAAAGUGUACAGCAAUGUCAUGAACCUCGUCAAAGUUGUUGUCCAACUCAAGAACGACAUCACAGAGGUGCCUCCGGAAAAAUAUAUCACCCUUGUCAAGUCUGUCGGGAUGGCUUUACGAGAUCUGAUUCACAGUGUGGAUGACAUCCUGCCCACCUUACACGAGACUGUCACGACUGAGAUCGAGGGCACCCAGAAGCUGCUGAACAACGACAUGGCGGAGCUGAUCAGCAAAAUGCGGCUGGCCCAGCAGAACGCCAUCACCUCCUUGAAGGAGGAAUGUAAGAAACAGAUGCUGGCUGCAGCGCACACUCUGGCGAUGGACAGCAAGAACAUGUUGGACGCUGUGGACCAGGCCAGAGUCAGGGCCAACUUAGCCAAGCCUGUGGCCCCCUAGUGGACUGUAAGCUCUCUUACUCAGUUCACACAUCAAGCUAAUGAUUCACAUCUGUCAGUCAGAUACAAUAUUUGCACACAGUUGAGCAUUUCCGUUGUCAUCACACUGCUUAAGUUAAGGUUCUCAAAUGAAUGUUAUGGACAUUCAUUUAUAUGUAAAAGUCCCGCACUUCAGCUUUAAGUUUAAAUAUGAUGCUACAACGCAGUGGAUAUGGAUGUGGUUGUGUGCUUACUAAGGUAGUAUGUACACUGAAAGUAAUGAUGGUCUAUUGGCAUCAUAGUUACGAUGCCGUCAUUUCAGACGAACUGUGUAAUUUUUGAGCUUUUGACUUAAUUAUCUGCUCAGAAAUUGAAUUAUCCUUGUAAAUAUAAAAUGUGUCUUGUGAAAAGUUUUUACAGCAAAGAAAAAGAAAAAAAUAGUGCAAAUUAAAAUACAAGUAAAUGGUUAACCCUUUCAUACCUGUCAACAGUAACCUGAGUGAAAUGUAAAGAUGACAAAACCUAAACGGUUAGUCAGCCAUUCAAAAUCAUGUUAGAUAGAUAUACAGUACAUAUCUCAAGUUUGACUAUGACGCAUUAUGAUAAAAUGACGAGAUGAAGACUAGAGCAGUGUGGAUAAUGGAUAGUCAGAUAUGUGUCAGGUACUCUUGAAAGAAGAAAGGUUUUUGUAUAAUGUCCAUUAUCAUUAUUAUAAAAUAUGAAAUUCUAGCAUGUAAAUCAAGCGGUAUAAAAAUAAAUAUCAUAACGUAUA